AUGAGUUUUCGCCUCGCCUCCCGGCGGCUCAUACCGUCAGGGUCGCGAUAUUCUACGUCUCUCACGCUGUUCACUAGCUCAGUGCCGGUAACUAUUGGAACAGCUGCGCAGAAGCGAAACAAAUGGAGUCUGUUCAAGGGCUGGGGCAAGAAAUCCGAAAAGGAAGAUGCACUUUCUGGGAUCGACCUCGACGACCCCAAAAGGCGACAACAGUUCCUCGACCGCAACAUGAAUGGCAAGAUCGAGAACAACAUCUUCCAGGAUGAGAUCGAGACCGCAGCUGCUAGUGACGCGAAAGACGACACUCGCGUGUCGGCCCAAAGCGCUGAACAGAAGACGCGAGAGAACACGGCCAUGGUUGUCGAUCCGGAUCCCCUUGGGCGCAUGCGAUGGCAACGGAGAAAGGUCAUUCAAAUGGUCCGUAAGAACGGCCGCAUGACAAAGGAGCAAAGGAUAAAGAUGACGGAACGACAGCUCGUGCACAAGAGCCCCUUCAUGGCAACCAGCGUCAAGAAGUUGAUGAUGCUCUCCCGCCAAAUCUCGGGCAAGUUAGUGGACGAUGCCAUUACACAGAUGACGUGGUCCAAAAAGAAAAUGGCUGCCGAAAUCCGAUACUACUUGGAAGAGGCUCGCGAUCUCGCAAUUGCGCAGCGUGGAAUGGGCCUCGGCAAGGUCAAUGGCGAGCUCUAUCACACCCCCAAAAAGAUUCAGACCGGCGAAGGCAAAUGGGUCGAGGUUGUUGAUCCGUCUCGUAUGUAUAUUGCACAGUCGUGGGUGGGCCGAGGAAAGUGGCGCGGAAAGAGCAUAGACGCCAAGGGACGUGGACGAAUGGGCCUCAUCCAGCACCCCGCUACCUCCCUGACUAUUAUGCUCAAGGAAGAGAGGACGAGAGUGCGUGAGCAUGAGGAACGUGAGGCAAAGAAGACUGCCAAGGGCCCGUGGAUCCAUCUGCCUAACCGCAGCGUUCAUGGCCAGCGACCAUACUACAGUUGGUAA